UUGUUGCCUAUUCUAUGGUUAAUCCCGCAAGAAAACAAUGGUGUACAGCAACAAGUGUAAAUUAUAAAUAUUUUGGUUGUGUUGUUGGAAAAUUCUAAUUAUAUUAUUUGUAGGACAAUGCGGUAGCAAGAGAUCGACUUUUAAUCAUGUUCACGUUGAGAAAAUAAGGAAUACGGGUUAAAUGCCCUUGCUACGCAAAUUAUUAUUGAAGCUGACAAUUGUUGUAUUAAUUCUGGUAGCUCUUUACUGCUAUCAGACGUCAAAUGGUGGCCGCUGGAUUGUAUCCAGUCUGCGAAUGCAAAAUGCAAGCCUUGCAAAUCUUACAACCACCUUGAUGGUAGCCAAUUAUUCCAUCGAAAUUGUUCAAGACAAUUAUUUGUCUUCGACAGCGAGGACUCCGCCACACAACUGGACAAAUUAUUAUAAUGUUUGGUGCAUCUUUACCAAAGUUGCCUCAAACUCACCCAUGAGACAGAAAUUUCACUUGUUUGUAAAUUCUUUACUCAAAUUGGCCUCUGUAAAUAUUGCUUUCCAUGUGAUAAGCGAUGACAAUAGUCAAAGUAUAGCACAAAUUGUUAUCCAAAAUGUAAUGAUUAAAACUGGAAAGUUUAUGAAGGUAUUUUAUUACGAUGUACAUAAACUGGCUGCACAAAUAGAGGAUAUUGUGUCAGUCAUGUCCCCACAUUUCAGUAGUAAACCAGGAACAUAUUAUUCCGAUGCCUUAUUCUUUCUCUCGUUGGGUAUGCACAAGAUUGCACCCAGCCAUCAGAGAUUCGCCGCAAUGUUUGACGCGGACACAAAAUUUCAGAGAGAUGUAAAGGAUUUAUUCGAAGAGUUUAAGAAUUUUGGAAAGGAGGCUCUGUUCGGUUUGGCUCCAGAGCUCACCCCAGUUUAUCGACACGUUUUAUACUUCUAUCGUACCAAACAUCCGACGACAAUGUUUGGCGAACCUCGACAUAAAGGCGGAUAUCCUGGCUACAAUAGUGGAAUGGUGCUUUUUAAUUUAGAAAGAUUACGGGAGUCACGUGAAUACAACGAGAUUAUUACUAAGGACAGUGUGGACAGAAUAACGGAGAAAUAUCAUUUCAAAGGCCAUUUAGGUGAUCAAGAUUUCUACACACUUCUAGGCAUGGAAAGACCAGAAUUUAUCCACACAGUUGAUUGCGGUUGGAAUAGACAACUUUGUACCUGGUGGCGUGAUCGUGGAUAUGCGGAUAUAUUUGCUAAUUAUUCAGAAUGUCAAUCAGAAACCAAACUGUGGCAUGGAAAUUGCAAUACUCCUAUUCCUGCUAAUUAAUGAUUUAUGAAAUUUUUAUGAUCUUUAUGAAAUUUAUUCAAAUAUGUAAUAUGCCUGCGUGUUGUAAAUAUUAUAUAUAAAGGUGCUUCCAAUUUUUGCUUUUAAGGACAACAAUGUUAAAGAAUGAACAAAUUAAGAAUGUUAAAGAUUUAUAAAUAAAACAGUGCCUAUUUGUAUUAAUUAAUAACAGAAAUUCUGUUUUAAAGUUAUAUUGAUUAAAAAUUAGAAAAAUAUAUUUUUCUUCUUUGUC